UGAAUGAGCUCCUAAAAAACCCCCUCCCCAUUCUGUAUAUAAGAUCAUCACACCUUUCUCGUUAGGGUUUCCGCCGCCCGCCGCCGCAUCGCCGCUGCAGCCUCCUUCCCCCUUCGCCGCCGUACACCCUCCAGCCAGCCAUGGCGGAGCAGACUGAGAGAGCUUUCCUGAAGCAGCCCAAGGUCUUCCUUUGCCCAAAGAAAUCUGGCAAAGGGAAGAAGCCUGGCAAGGGAGGUAACCGCUUCUGGAAGAAUAUUGGCCUUGGCUUCAAGACACCCCGGGAAGCAAUUGAAGGGACCUACAUCGAUAAGAAAUGCCCAUUCACUGGAACUGUUUCUAUCAGAGGUAGAAUUAUUGCUGGAACAUGCCACAGUGCCAAGAUGAAUAGGACAAUCAUCGUACGCAGAAACUACCUCCAUUUUGUGAAGAAAUAUCAGCGAUAUGAAAAGAGGCACUCCAACAUUCCAGCUCACAUUUCUCCAUGCUUCCGUGUUAAGGAAGGUGACCAUGUCAUCAUUGGCCAGUGCAGGCCUUUAUCAAAAACUGUGAGGUUCAACGUUAUUAAAGUCAUCCCAGCUGGUUCCACAGGUGGUGGGAAGAAAGCAUUCAUUGCAGCUUGAGCUUAUCGAAAAUGCCUAAUCAAUCACUAGUUAAAUAUACAAGUGUUCACUUAGAAUUCUUCUAGCUUGCUGUUUUGACCUUCUGUCUAGGUCCCUGGAGCAUUUGCCACUCAUCUGAAAUGUAUCCGUGCAAGUUUUGUUUAGAUCUCUGGUCAUGCAAAUUGUGGUUGCUGUUGCCCUGUCGUUGGGCCAUGUUCCUUCUUUGAAGCAAUAGCAUCAACAGCCUGUUUGUUUCAGUCUUAUGAUGGUGAUGUGCGUUAUCGUUGUUUUUUUUAAGCUGGAAAUUGUUCACCAUGUCACUGACAUUUCAAAAGAUGUCUAUUUCACAUGAACUAAAAGAUCUUGUGAUGUUUGCUAUUGUGAAA